GUAAACAAGCGAAAAGCUCGUGACUGUCUUUCACUGUGAAACAAACAACGACCAUAACAAUGCACUGUAGAAUUUGUACAUGACCCGCUUACCAGAUAUGCCAGGGCUGGUUGUUUAGUUAAAAUAUUUUUAGUAAAAUGUGGUCAUUUUGUGUUAUCUUUGUGGUAGUUUGUGGAACGUUUCGUGUUAGUGUAUUGUCAAAACAUUUAGCACGGGCCAAUGCAGGUUUUCUGACGAUCAGUUCCAACCAAACGCCGUCGAAUACCACCGUGUCGCCGGCCACAAUUAGUCCAUCAUCACUUGUAAACUACACUCUGGUGAUUUCAUCAUCUGGCCCUGCUGUCCUCGACUCGACAAUCCGAUUUCAAGCCAUCUUGAUGGACACCCAGGGACACUUUGCUCAGUCGAAACUCUUCCAGUAUCUGUGGUCAAACAGUGCCGACACCGACAUGAAAAAAACUCUUGAUGAUUUUAACGCAUCCAUUGAGUGUAAAUUUGUCAGCGGUAAAGUCAUUCCUGGACAGUACCUGAUGACGGUCAUUGUGUAUGUCCACAACACCUGGCCACGCAAUAUAGUUGUGUACGGGUCCAUUCAGUUUGAUCUGACAGAGUCUUUGAAUGGAAACUUAAAUAUCAGCCAACAUUUACCAUAUCAAAGGAACAACAGCACAUUUUCCACUGGAGAGAUGGUAACGGUUCAUGCCAAUGUUACGGACAAGUUUCCCACCAAAAAGUCUUCUGAGUUUUUACCAAAAGUGGAGUUUGUGUAUUAUUGGUUCAGAAAUACAACCUUUAUUAAAAGGACAAGAGACCCCUUCUUUAACUUCACACCGUCAGACACGGGUAAUUUUACAAUGUCAACGGAGAUCAUUGCAGUGUUGCGAUCGGACGAGAUGCCUCGUACCAACACAAGUCUGUCUGAGGCCAGUAAACCGUGUGAAAGCUUUAGAAUGCACAGACUGACUGCUGCACCACACAGGAUUCGAAGAGGACGGAGAGUAGUAAAGUGUGGAAUCAUGGAACAGCCAGUGUCUGUUAAAGAGUCGCUGAGAUUUGUGAGUAUAGAGGGCGACACUGAUGGUCCUGUGGGUGGAGCUAUAAAGAUGAAUGUCACAUGCCAUGGCAGUUCGCCAUCCUUCCCGACGGCUGUGUGCUGGAAUAUAACGGACACCAACUUCUCCCUGCCUAUCGGGAACGCGAGCUGUGAGCCGGCGGUGUUUGUUCACACAUGUGAGCACCACGUAGAGAUCAGCCUCAAUACCAGCGGCUGGCACAUCGUCUGGUUCACCGUCUACAACGAUGUCAGCUUCAUCACUGGCAGACAUGUCGUACUCGCAUACGCUCCAGAUUCUACUAGCAGCUCUGUGUUAGUGAUUCCGGUGGUGUUCAGUAUCCUCGGUAUAGUGAUUGUUGUUCUUGGAGUUGGCUACAUACUGAGACUGAAGAAGAAGCCACUGGUGGAAGUAGCCGACUUCGACUUCCACCCGUCUCUGUCUCCCGACCAAUCCUUGCUCUCGAGAGCCAAGGCCGUCUGGUUUAAAGCAAGGUCGCUAAGUGGGCUUCCCCGGUAUGAGCCGCCUAGAAACAAACGGUACGGUUCAGUGAAUAUCAAUGAAACGUUGUGAGGUGAAAUUAUACCAGAAACAAACGAUACAGUUCAGUGAAUAUACAAAGCAUUGUGAGAUGGAAUUGUAUACCAGAAAGAUGAUAUGGUUCAGUGCAUAUCUGUGAAAAAUUGUGAGGUGAAUUUUACCAGAAACAUUGUGAGAUGAAUUAUACCAAAAACAAAUGAUAUAGUUCAGUGAAUAUCAAUGAACCACUGUGAGAUGGACUUAUACCAAAAAGAUGAUACAGUUCAGUAAAUGUCACUAAACAUUGUGAGAUGAAGUUAUAUACCAGAAAGAUGAUACAGUUCAGUAAAUGUCACUAAACAUUGUGAGAUGAAGUUAUAUACCAGAAAGACGAUACAGUUCAGUAAAUGUCACUAAACAUUGUGAGAUGAAGUUAUAUACCAGAAAGAUGAUACAGUUCAAUGAAACAGAAACAUUGUAGGAUAUAAUUUGAUGUUCACCCUGUGAUAUACCCUUGAUGAUGAAAUCAAGCAAUGUGCUCACAGUGAGCUUGUUUGAGCCGUAUUGCACAUACGUAUGUUACACUUUACACCUGCAGUGAAAUGCUAGGAUCUACAAGGAUCUAUAUUCUUCCCCAGAUUGCUGGGUAGUCUUUCGUGAGAUUAAUCUUCCACAGUGAAAUCAAACCUAUACACCGCACUUUGGACUUAGAAAUGUUUGGCACUUUGAUUGUAUGUACGGUCAGAGCAGUGUGAAGUAGACGUUAAUCUAAUUAUACAUAUUAUAUACCCAUACCUUUUUUACCACUCACUUAUGAAUUGCUUAUCUUGCUUAUAUGAUCAGUUUUGACAUUUUUCAAUCAAAAUUAAAAUGUGUUUUUACUAUUCUACUUGCCCUGGUGUUUGUACACAGUAGCUUAUAAUGAAUUUAAUUAGAAAAAGAAAAGGUUCAUACAUCUUAGAAACUAAGAUAUUAUUUACUUUAAAAAAUAAAAUGUGAUCCCAUAGGCAGUUUUCAGCUAUAGGAGCUGAUUUGGGUGAAUUGCAAGGUGGUCUGUUAGGAAAUGCAGUUGCUUAAUACAGGUGUAUGUUGGUAGUAGGUUUGGCUGUAUUUAUAACUGCUUUAAUAUGCUAUGCGGUAUAUUAUUAUGUGAUAUCUGUUAGCUUUCAGUGAGCUACUACAACAGUGAAUCGAAAACGCUGAUGAUUUUCCAUCAGUGUCAGUAAAAUUUGAGAUGAAUUUGGGUAAAUGACUUGCAUAUGAUUAUGAUUGACAUGUUUGUUGUUUGGUGUAUAGAAAUAUUUUGUUUUGUCUUUCAUGCUGGUGGGGCAGAAUUUAGCUUGGUUGGUUGAGUGCUUGCCUGAAGUGUUUGCGUCACAGGAUCAAAUCACCUCAGUGGAUCCAUUUAACUGAUUGGUUUUUUUCUCAUUCCAACUAGUGCACCACAACUGGUCAACGGCCGUGG